AUGUCAUCACCAAUCGCCACCACCCUCUCAUCACCACCCUACGACCGUCUCAAAGCCGUCAAAGAAUUCGACGAAACCAAAGCCGGAGUAAAAGGCUUAAUAGACUCCGGCAUCAAAACCAUUCCAUCUUUCUUCAUUCAUCCACCCGAAAUCCUAUCCGACCUCGUUCCAGGAUCCGGACCUGAACCGGAAAUUCCAACAAUUGACCUAUCUGCUAUACAUGAAUCCCGUGCCACCGUGGUGGAUCAGAUUCGUUCCGCUGCGAGUACGGUUGGAUUCUUUCAGGUGAUCAACCAUGGUGUAUCGCCGGAUUUACUACGAAGUGUUGUUGGUGCUAUGAAGGCGUUUCAUGAACAGCCUGCGGAGGUUAGGGCGCAGGUGUACCGUAGGGAGGCAGCGACGGGCGUAUCGUAUAUAUCCAACGUCGAUCUUUUCACUUCUAAAGCUGCCAGCUGGCGCGACACACUCCAGAUUAGGACAGGACCGAUCCCAGCGGAAGAAAAGGAGAUUCCAGAGGUGUGCAGAAAGGAAGUAAUGGAGUGGGAUAGAGAAGUAGUCCGUGUAGGAGACAUUUUGCUGGGUUUGUUGAGUGAAGGGCUGGGAUUAGGCGAAGAAGGGUUCAAGGAACUGGGUUUGUCACAAGGGAGAGUGAUGGCUGCCCACUAUUACCCAUUUUGCCCUCAGCCUAAUCUUACUGUUGGACUCAACUCCCAUGCAGAUCCAGGGGCAUUGACGAUAUUGUUGCAGGGUCAUAUCGGUGGCUUACAGGUUCGGACGCAACACGGUUGGAUUCAUGUCAAGCCUCUUGAUGGAGCGUUGGUUAUCAACAUUGGAGAUUUACUUCAGAUAAUUUCUAAUGAGGAGUACAAGAGUGCUGAUCAUCGGGUAUUGGCCAAUUCUUCUAAUGAGCCGCGGGUUUCUAUAGCUGUUUUCCUGAUUCCGGGUAACAGGGAGAAGCUCUUUGGACCUUUACCAGAGCUAACAUCAGCAGAGAAACCAGCUCUUUAUAGAAAUUUCACACUCAACGAGUUUAUGACAAGGUUCUUCAAGAAAGAGCUAGAUGGUAAAUCAUUGACGAAUUUCUUCAGACAAUGA